AUGUCCAGCAAACGAGAGGCCUAUCGCUUUCACGAGGACACUUUGCUAGCUGAACUGAAGCUGAGAAAGCCGCCGAUGACAUGGAAGGAAAUUACCGAUUCAUUCAACAGUGCCAUGCCUGAAAAUCGCCAGAGAACUAUUCAUGGUCUCAAAUACGAAUGGCGGAAGAUCAAGCACAACUAUCUUCCAUCCAACCCAGCCGUGAGAGACCCAGAACAUGUCUUCGCUGCCCAAUGGACAAUCUGGGAUGGGUCAGGAGCCCAGCGGCAUGUCUUUUCCGGAAUUGGAUUUCGGGGCACAACCUUUCUUCCAGUUGGGUUAAAGUGUACGGCAAAUACGGAGUGGUAUCAUAUUCAUGUAUCCACAACGGCCAUGCAGGGAAACAGGAGCUCGGAGGCUGUCUCACGGGGUUUUGAAAGCAUGGAAACCGGAAUUCCUCCACCACUCUCACCGAGACGAGCGAAGCCGAAUCCAAAUAUUCCCGAGGAAAUUCUUCUUCCCGACUUGGACUAUCUGAUUCGAACCCACGGCGGAAGUACAUCUGUCACAGACCGACUACGGACAGAGAUGACGAGAUCUAAACAACGCAGAGCGCAAUACGACGAAGAGAUCCUUGACUUGAAGCGUCACAUUGGAAGGUUACAGGCAGAGUUGGCAUAUCUCCAGGAGGUAAAGGGUUCUCUGAUGCAGCUUUACACCUCGAUAGUCAAAAUCAACAAGGAGACAGUGAGAAUACAGAAUAUGCUGCAGCACUCCAUUGAACACUGCUCAGCAGGUUUAGGGAAGGCAGAAAACCAAUUUCUCGGUUACUGGGGCAUCAACAUGGAUCAUGGAUACGAAGGUUUUAUCUAA